AUGGUCGACAGUGAAGCGAGCUCGCCGACCUGGAAGUUCACCCAAUGCUUCGGCGACAAGGGCGAUGUCGAGGAUAUCACCGAAGCCGACAUCAUCUCGACGGUAGAGUUUGACCACACAGGCAACUAUCUGGCCACCGGCGAUAAGGGAGGACGAGUGGUUCUAUUUGAGCGGAACGAGACGAAAAAAUCCUGUGAAUACAAGUUUCACACCGAGUUUCAGUCCCAUGAGCCUGAGUUUGACUAUCUGAAGUCGCUCGAGAUCGAGGAGAAGAUCAACAAGAUCAAGUGGUGCCGUCGACAGAAUGCCUCCCAUUACCUCCUAUCAACCAACGACAAGACGAUCAAGCUGUGGAAGGUGUUCGAGAAGUCUCUUAAAGUGGUGGCCGAGAACAAUCUUUCUCACGACGUAACGCCCGGCGGCCCGGUAGGCGGCGGCGGCGGCCUUCGAGCUCUGCCCACGACGCAGCACUUCAGGAACGCGGCGGACCUCAAGCUGCCUCGUCUCACACAUCAUGACACCGUUGUGGCUGCCGUCCCGCGACGGACCUACGCCAACGCCCACGCGUACCACAUCAACAGCAUAUCCGUCAACAGUGAUGGCGAAACCUUCAUUAGCAGUGACGAUUUGCGCAUCAAUCUCUGGAACCUCAACAUCCAGGACCAGAGCUUCAACAUCGUUGAUAUCAAACCCGCCAACAUGGAGGAGCUGACCGAGGUCAUCACCGCUGCCGAGUUCCACCCCAUCAGCUGCAACUGGUUCAUGUAUGCCAGCUCAAAGGGCACCAUCAAGCUUGCCGACAUGCGAGAGAGCGCCCUGUGCGACCAGCACGCAAAAUUAUUCGAACAAGAAGAGGACCCUUCAUCGAGGUCGUUCUUCUCUGAAAUCAUCUCGUCAAUAUCAGAUGUUCGAUUCUCCUACGACGGAAGAUAUGUCUUGUCUCGAGAUUACCUCACCGUCAAGAUCUGGGACAUCAACAUGGAGCGGCAGCCGGUCAAGACGAUACCGAUUCACGAGCACCUGCGACCUCGAUUAUGCGACACGUACGAAAACGAUAGUAUCUUCGACAAGUUCGAGGUCGUCUUCUCUGGCGACGCCAAAAACGUCAUGACCGGCAGCUACAACAACAACUUCAUGAUCUAUCCUUCCGACCCGGACAAGGAGGUGGAGGUGGUCCUCCAGGCGGACAAGUCGGCUUUCAAGGCAAAGAAGGUGGGCGUUCCUACGCCCAUCAACUCGUCUUCAAGUCCCGCUGCGAAUGGCGGCAAGAAGGGGGGCUCAAGAGCGGGGAGCCCGGCUGGUGGUGCCCAGGGUCAGAGGAUGCGGAAAGAGACGGACGCGGACCAGAUUGACUUCAACAAGAAGAUACUACACAUGAGCUGGCAUCCGUUUGAGGACAGUAUCUGGCAUCCGUUUGAGGACAGUAUUGCCAUAGCCGCAACCAACAAUCUAACCAGACGGCUCUCGCGACAGCUCUUUGUAUUUUCAGCACUGUAG